CGCAGGACCGAGAAUCACCUUGGCACCAUGACCAACGUGGAGACCAAGUCUUAUUGUGCCCCGCCUCACUGCUGCCUACAAGUACACGUCCAAGUAGAAGUCCGCUCCUUCUGAAUUCUUCUCGACGAAGAACAAGGUUUCAUUAAACGGCGAAGCUAGAUCAAGGGCUGAAGGCGAAGAACAUGGCCAAGAUCAUCAAGAUGGCGGCGUCCAUCCUCGCCGUGAUGCUGCUGCUGCUUACGGCGAGGGCUCCCUCCACGGCGCGCCAGUACGCUGCCCAGGGCGCCCAGCUACUCGUCUUCUCCACCCGCUACUUCAUCCUGACGGCCGCCGUGCUCACGCAGACCGCAUUCGGCUUUUCUCUGGUGAGGAGCGCUGCUUCGGCGCCGACGCUGGCUUCCCGGCGCCUGCACACGGUGGCGGCGGUCGCCUGCUUCGUGAACCUCGCCUGCAAGCUGUACAUGGUCCUGCUGGUGUCCCGCGGAUGUGGAGGAGAAUCCUGCUCCAUGCAUGCGCCCAAGGAAGAUUGAGCUAGCAUUUUGGAGUUUGAAGAGGCGCUUUUAAUUACCUGCAAACUUUAGAUGUUUAUUAAAGUGCCGGUCAUCUGGUGUUUAGUUUGAGUUGCAUGCAGUAUCAGUGUACUUGGAUACACAUCUCUAUCUUAGCGUCUGUAUGUUUUCUUUUGUUGGGGUUUAAGACUGCAGUCGAUCGAUCUGUUUGUGGCUGUUUUGGGUACUGAGGAUUGACAAACUACGGCACCCUUUUGAACUUAGAAAUUGAUGUGGCCACAAUUCCGUGAG